UAGGCUCAGGCGCUCUUACCCGUGCAAGCGCUUGCCUCCGCCAGUGACGCAGGCUCCUGCCCAGGAUUGUGCCCUUCGAGUGCCGCACCUCACUGAUCGGCACCAGGCGCGCCUUCCGUCUCUCUCUCUGACGCGCCAGGUCGCAAGGACUCGCAACUCGCAUCCGUGCCGUUAUGACACGCAGGCUCCUCCAACGGCUGCACAGCAGAGUCCCACAUCACCAGCCCAGACGACGACCUGCCCGGGCUUCGUCGAUGACGCCGUGUGUGAGCCAGCAACGCGCAACAGGCAGAAUGACCUACGGUGCGUGCGCCCUUUAUCGGCGCUGAGCCUUCUUCUAUGCAUGGGCGCUGGCUGGGCUGACGACGGUGGCAUUGGGCUGGACUUGCAGGGGCUGUCAACGCCGCCAACGGCUACCACUCAUAUUCACAGGAACCGGAUGUCUGGAAACGUGCCCCAGUUCUGAAGGGUACGACGGAAUUCGAGCCGCGACCCGGCGUCCGUAAUAUCAUGAUCACUGGUGGUGCUGGAUUCAUUGCAUCUUGGGUCGUCCGCCACUUCACACUCACCUACCCUGAGGCCUACAACAUAGUCUCCUUCGACAAGCUCGACUACUGCUCCUCCUUGAACAAUACCAGGACUCUCAACGACAAGCGCAACUUUACCUUCUAUCAUGGCGACCUCACCAACCCCCCCGAGGUCCUGGACUGCAUGGAGCGUCAUGAAAUCGACACCGUGCUCCAUUUCGCGGCCCAGUCACACGUCGAUUUGAGCUUCGGAAACUCCUACAGCUUCACGCACGCCAACGUCUACGGCACCCACGUCCUUCUGGAGAGUGCCAAAAAGGCUUGCAUCAAGCGCUUCAUCCAUGUCUCUACCGAUGAGGUCUACGGCGAGGUCAAGGAAGGAGACGAUGAGUUACAUGAGUCGAGCAUCCUUGCUCCCACCAAUCCUUACGCCGCGAGUAAGGCGGCCGCCGAGAUGCUUGUCCACUCAUACCUAAAGAGUUUCAAGCUGCCGACCAUUAUUGUACGCAGUAACAACGUAUAUGGACCUCACCAAUAUCCCGAAAAGAUCAUUCCAAAGUUCGCUUGUCUUCUUGGCAGGGGUCGCCCUGUUGUCUUGCACGGUGAUGGGCGACCUACGCGUCGAUAUCUCUACGCUGGAGACGCGGCGGAUGCCUUUGAUACCAUCCUGCACAAGGGUCAGGUUGGACACGUGUAUAACGUCGGUUCCGCUGACGAGGUUUCCAACCUCGAACUCAGCCACAAGAUACUCGAUGCAAUGGAGGUCGACAUGGACGACCCCAACCGUUUCCGCAAAUGGAUCAAGUACACCAAGGACAGGCCGUUCAACGACCGUCGGUACGCCGUCGACGGUACCAAACUUCGUAAGCUGGGCUGGGAGCAGAAAACGUCACUCCAAGAGGGACUUCAAACGACAGUCGACUGGUAUCGGCAGUUUGGAGAGCUAUGGUGGGGUGACAUUAGCCAUGUCCUUACUCCUUUCCCGACUGUCAGCCAAGGCGAGAUUAUGCCAGACGACGACCACUCCAUGAAGGACGAGCCGCCGCAGCCCGGUGAUGAGUGCCACACGACAGUGAAGAAGACUGAUGCCGAGACGAAUGGGAGAUACUGAUGCUGGUUACACAAUCUUUGCAUCUAUGCAUGCGCGCGAGGAGAUUAUUGAUUGCUAUGGCUGUCACGAUGCUGAGAUACCAUUUAUAGACGGCAAGAUGAAAGGGGGUGGGGGAGGGAGGGGCAGGCGGGACCCAUAGACAUUCUCAC